AUGUCUGCUGAUAAUCGUAAGCUUAGAGUCAAGCAUGGCGCUAAACUAUUUGAAGUAUUAAAGGAUUAAGAAUCUGUAAAUUAGCAACCAUUGACUCUAAUUGAAACAGCAAUACCGAAUAAAGAAAAAUAACAAUAACGAAAUGAAUUCAAUUAUCACACUGAGAGACAUUCUACAGCCAAUAUUUAGCAUUAGAAUUAAUCAUAGGUGAAUUAUGCAAGCUAAAACACAAGAGAUAUCAAGACCUAGGGCCAUACAAGACUAAAUUCGAAUUUAAGCCAAAAAGUAUUGGGAAUAAAUUAAACAUAAAAUGGCAAUCCAGAGAGUGUAAAAGGCCUGAUGCUUUCAGAGUAUAUUAAGGACACUAGAUUCAAUCCGAGUAGAGAAAUUUCCAAAGAAAGGCACAUCACUGAAUUUUUCCAGUAGAAAUUCAUGCUGCUCAAUGAAUACCUUAACGAUGAUAAUGAUGAUGACAUGCCUCAACCCAUUCAAUCCAAUGUCACAACAGCUAUUAUGAGAUCAAGGUAAAAGAAAAAAAGAAGAAAUAUUAAGAGGGUUUAGAGUGUAGCUGAUUUGUAAUAAAAUUAAACCAAACCAUUAUUGGCGAAAAAGAAUAGAGCUGAUUAGGUUAUUGAGCAAAUAGAAAGAGCAGUUUCUAAUUAAGUAGACAAAGAAUGGAAACAUAGGUAUGAUGCAGAAGCUGAGUAAAAGGCUUUACAAUAGGAAAUAAUGAAAAUAACAGAACAGUCAAAGAGAAGGGUCUAAAUGUUUGUAGAUCCCAGAAGCAGUCGAAUCAGAUAGAAUUUCAAAGUGCUUAAUUAAAAUUUAGCAGAGAUCAGAAAAUUAGACCCAAAUAUGAAUUUACUGUCAAGUGUAGCCACAAAGCAUAGAUAUAGCACGAGUAAUCUAGAUUCAAGAUUUUCCAUAUAUAAAUCCUCUGAAAGAGCUAAAACUGCUGAUUGGUAACACCAUUCUAAUGCUUAAAUCCUAAGUGAGAUUCUUAAAAUAGGAAGAAAUUGA